GGGGGCAGCAGGUUUCUCGUCAGUCGCACAGGGUCCGGCCGCGAUCGUCGCCGGCACCGGGAGCCGCCGCCCCGCCCGGGACCGCCGGUCUCCGGAGCUGGCCAGGAUGGCGCAGUGGAACCAGCUGCAGCAGCUCGACACGCGGUACCUGGAGCAGCUCCACCAGCUCUACAGCGACAGCUUUCCCAUGGAGCUCCGGCAGUUCCUGGCCCCGUGGAUUGAGAGCCAGGACUGGGCAUACGCUGCCAGCAAGGAGUCCCACGCCACGCUGGUGUUCCACAACCUGCUGGGAGAGAUCGACCAGCAGUACAGCCGGUUCCUGCAGGAGUCCAACGUCUUGUACCAGCACAACCUGCGGCGCAUCAAGCAGUUCCUGCAGAGCAGAUACCUGGAGAAGCCGAUGGAAAUAGCUCGCAUCGUGGCUCGCUGCCUGUGGGAAGAGUCCCGGCUGCUCCAGACAGCUGCCACUGCAGCCCAGCAAGGGGGACAGGCAACACAUUCGACAGCAGCUGUGGUGACAGAAAAGCAGCAGAUGCUGGAGCAGCAUCUGCAGGAUGUGAGGAAGAGGGUGCAGGAUCUAGAGCAGAAGAUGAAAGUGGUGGAGAAUCUCCAGGAUGACUUUGAUUUUAACUACAAGACUUUGAAAAGCCAAGGAGACAUGCAGGAUCUGAAUGGAAACAACCAAUCUGUGACCCGUCAGAAAAUGCAGCAGCUGGAACAGAUGCUCACGGCGCUGGACCAAAUGCGAAGGGGUAUUGUGAGUGAGCUGGCUGGGCUGUUGUCAGCCAUGGAGUAUGUGCAGAAGAUGCUGGCAGAUGAGGAACUGGCAGACUGGAAGAGGCGACAGCAGAUCGCCUGCAUCGGUGGCCCACCCAAUAUCUGCCUAGACCGGCUUGAGAACUGGAUAACCUCUCUUGCCGAAUCACAGCUACAGACCCGGCAACAGAUCAAGAAGCUGGAAGAGCUGCAGCAGAAAGUGUCCUACAAGGGUGACCCAAUCGUCCAACACCGGCCCAUGCUGGAGGAGCGGAUUGUGGAGCUCUUCAGGAACCUGAUGAAAAGUGCUUUUGUCGUGGAGAGGCAGCCCUGCAUGCCCAUGCACCCUGACCGGCCCCUGGUCAUCAAGACCGGCGUGCAGUUCACCACCAAAGUCAGGUUGUUGGUUAAGUUCCCAGAGCUGAACUAUCAGCUGAAAAUCAAAGUCUGCAUCGACAAGGACUCUGGGGAUGUUGCAGCACUUAGGGGGUCCCGGAAGUUUAACAUCCUGGGGACAAACACCAAGGUCAUGAACAUGGAGGAGUCGAACAAUGGCAGCCUCUCAGCAGAGUUCAAGCACCUGACCCUGCGGGAGCAGCGCUGUGGUAACGGAGGCAGAGCCAACUGUGAUGCCUCACUGAUAGUCACUGAGGAGCUGCACCUCAUCACCUUUGAGACAGAAGUGUAUCACCAGGGGCUGAAGAUUGACCUGGAGACCCACUCGCUGCCUGUGGUGGUCAUCUCCAACAUCUGCCAGAUGCCCAAUGCCUGGGCGUCCAUCCUGUGGUACAACAUGCUGACCAACAACCCCAAGAACGUCAACUUCUUCACCAAGCCCCCCAUUGGGACCUGGGACCAGGUGGCAGAGGUGCUGAGCUGGCAGUUCUCCUCCACCACAAAACGUGGCCUUAGCAUCGAGCAGCUGACCACACUGGCAGAGAAACUCCUAGGGCCAGGUGUGAAUUACUCCGGCUGUCAGAUCACCUGGGCCAAGUUCUGCAAGGAGAACAUGGCUGGCAAAGGCUUCUCUUUCUGGGUCUGGCUGGACAACAUCAUUGACUUGGUGAAAAAGUACAUCCUGGCGCUGUGGAAUGAAGGGUACAUCAUGGGGUUCAUCAGCAAGGAGAGGGAGAGAGCCAUCCUGAGCACCAAGCCCCCAGGCACCUUCCUGCUACGCUUCAGUGAGAGCAGCAAGGAGGGAGGCAUCACCUUCACAUGGGUGGAGAAGGACAUCAGUGGGAAGACCCAGAUCCAGUCUGUGGAGCCAUACACCAAGCAGCAGCUGAACAACAUGUCAUUUGCUGAGAUCAUCAUGGGCUACAAAAUCAUGGAUGCCACCAACAUCCUGGUGUCCCCACUGGUGUACCUGUACCCUGACAUCCCCAAGGAGGAGGCCUUUGGGAAGUACUGCCGCUCUGAGAGCCAGGAGCACUCCGAAGCUACUGACUCAGGUAGUGCUGCUCCCUAUCUGAAGACCAAGUUCAUCUGCGUCACCCCCACCUCCUUCAGCAACACCAUCGACCUGCCCAUGUCCCCCCGCACCCUGGACUCGCUCAUGCAGUUUGGCAACAACAGCGAGGGCGCAGAGGCCAACGCAGGAGGGCAGUUUGAGUCGCUGACCUUCGACAUGGAGCUGACCCCGGAAUGUGCCUCCUCGCCCAUGUGAGGUGCUGGGCUGGCGCUCACUCGCUCAUGGGGCCCUCCCAGGACCCGGGGCUCCCACCCCCACUGAGCUGCUGCUCCUGCCCUGCUCAGCCACAGCUCUUCCAGGCCUCUCCUGGGGAGCAGCAGCACCCCCAGGGCCUCGUCAGCGAUUCCUUGUUCGACCCAAACACGUUCCCCCCUCGCCAGGGCGGUGCCAUUCGUCGCUUUUGGGGGGUGGCGGGGGGGAAAGGGGAGUGGGUGGGGGGAUGAACCUUUUUCUAUUUCCUUCCAUGACAGUUUUGUAUUAUUGUUUCGCUCAUUCAAGUGCCUAUUUAGCCUCCGGUCGCAGCCUCAGUUUUCACACAUGCUUCUGCAGCCCUGGCCCUGCUUCCUGCUGUUGAAAGCUGCUUUCCUGACUGCCAGACUCCAAAAAAGGCCUCUCAAGAUUUUACAAGCCCAGAUUCCCCUCUGGGUGCUUGAGAAAAGGGGAUGGGCCGGUUCUGGCCUCCACACGGGUUACCCAAUGCACUGCUGCUGCCCCAGAGCCCUCCCAGAGCUCACAGAGGACUCUCCCCUGCACCUUUUAGCCAGAAGGACCUACACAUGGCUCAGAGCUGUGAGGUGGAUGGGCCCAGGAGCCCUGCAAGGGCUGGGCUUUGCUGGGAGCAGGGAGUUUGAGGCUGACUGUGUUUGCAACCCAACUUCCUGCUGUGUGCACCAAGGUCUGGCUGGCUCCAGCAGCACCAGAGCUCGUGCUGGGACAACUGGUGUCCCUGAAGUGCAGAGGCUGCCCUGGGGCACUGCAGGGACGUGUCCCAGCGCCAGUGCAUGUUUGUGAUCAUGCAGUGUUGGCAUCUUGGGUCUGUUUUGGGACCUGGGCAUAACCCAGGAGGCUGCCCAGCUGUGGCUUGCCCCGUGGCCAGGCUCCUGCCAGAAGCAUGACUGUGCUUCUCUCGCUGCACAGUCAGAUCAUGGGGAGGAUGGGAGGCUGCUGUUGCACAGUCAGACCCCGUGAGAAGGAUGGGAGGCUGCUGGAUCUGCCAUGACCAGCAGGGCUGGCCUGGCCCAGCCCUUCUGCCUCAAACAGGGCUUGUGAUGUCCCAGGCAGUGGGUUUGCAGCUUCUUCAGGGGCUUCACGAGGCAUUUUUAUUGGAGGUUGCCUGUUCCUAAGGUAGGAGGUGGCAAGAGCUGAAGGAAUCAGAGUGUAGGUAGGGAGAGGAAUGUCUAGCCAUGGCUCAAGAGAGAUGUGGGUGUUGUUUCCUUGCUGGAGGGUCAAGGAAAGGUGAAGCUGUGCUGGCCUUUCGUGUGCAGUGGGCAUGCAGAUACCCAACAAGCAAGGCAGUGGGAGAGCUACUGGCCCUCCUCAGCACCUGCAAGCCUGUGUUAGGCGGCUGUGGCCACCCACGGGGAGGUGGCACAGGGGGCUGUGCUUGGCCCAGCCCUGUGAUUCAGGGCAGGGCUGUGGGUAACAUCAGCAGAGAAACAUCUCACUGGGCACCAGCCCUGGAUCUCUGAUGUGUCUUGAUUUGGCCCUGAGUGGAGAGAAACCAUUGUCUGUACCAGUGAUGCUGCUGUGGCACUGGGUAGACUAGGCAUGUGGCUCUGUCAUUUCUGGAGUGAAAGCUGUGGGGUGUCCCCAUGGCAUCAGGGACAGAGAGGCAGGGGAGAGGACCUAAGGGCAAGGGGGAGAGGGCAGUGGAGUCCAGGGCAGCCCCCUUAGCUGUGUGUGGGCAAGAGGGGUGGCCAUGGUUGAGCACUGGAACAGACUUCCCAGGAACAGUGUGGAAUCUCCAUCUCUGGAGGUUUGCAGGACCCGCCUGGACACGUUCCUGUGUGACCUGAUCUAAAUGGGACCUGCUUGAGCAGGGGGGGUUGGGCUGGAUGAUCUCUGAAGGUCCCUUCCAGCCCCUACCAUUCUGUUGAUUGUGUGAUGGCUGGCCCUGAUGCAACACACGCUGGUGGGUGCUGCUGAGAGGGGAUGAGGGCUCCCAUGUGUAGCUGCCUCCAGCUGCAGUCCGUGUAGCCCUGGGCAGCAUUCAAUACUGUACAAAUCCUUUUUGUUUUGUAUAUUUUAUUGCUGUAUCUACAGGCUUGAACUUUCUCCAAAAUAAAGGCUCUGAAGCGA